CGGGGUAACGUACGAUGUGGGUUCGGUUGCUGAGAGCCGCGGGGCCCCGGCUCCGCCCUCUGCCGGGUGUGCGAGCUCCGCUCCGGGACCGGGGGGCAGAGAUCACCGCCCAGCGGGCAACUGACCACUUCCGGGUCUGGACCAUGGCUUCUGUAGGUUCUUCCAAAAACUCUGAAUUGCAAGAAUUUUCCAGUUACUUUGAGCAGGUUGUUAAGGAUCUGAUUGCUGAUGACAGCCAGCACCCAGAGAUCGGAGAUGCAAUUACACGCUUGAAGGAGAUACUGGAGUACAACACCCCUGGAGGCAAGUGUAAUCGAGGGAUGACUGUUCUGGCGGCUUAUAGGGAACUUGUUGGACCAGACCUACAGAAAGAUGGGAAUUUGCAGAGAGCACUGACCGUAGGCUGGUGUGUUGAACUGCUCCAAGCCUUUUUCCUGGUAGCAGAUGACAUCAUGGAUAACUCAGUGACUCGCCGGGGGCAGCCCUGCUGGUACAAGAAGGAUGGCAUUGGAUUGGAUGCAGUCAAUGAUUCCUUUCUAUUGGAGGCAUCCAUAUAUCGUCUACUAAAGAAGUACUGCCGAGGACAGACUUACUAUCUACAUCUCCUGGAGCUUUUUCUGGAGACCUCCUAUCAGACAGAGCUUGGCCAGGCACUGGAUUUAAUCACGGCUCAACCAGGGAAAGUGGACUUGAAUAGAUAUACAGAGACAAGGUAUAAAGCCAUUGUGAAAUACAAGACCGCAUUCUAUUCUUUCUAUCUGCCUGUAGCAGCGGCCAUGUACAUGGCUGGAAUAGAUGGUGAGGAAGAGCAUGGGAACGCCAAAACAAUCUUAUUGGAAAUGGGGGAAUUUUUCCAAAUACAGGACGAUUAUUUGGACUGUUUUGGAGAUCCCAGUGUGACUGGCAAGAUUGGAACGGAUAUCCAGGACAAUAAAUGUGGCUGGCUGGUAGUGAAUGCAUUACGAAGAGUGACUCCUGAUCAAAGGAAAAUACUGGAGGAGAACUAUGGCCAGCAUGACAUGGAGAAAGUACAGCGGGUCAAACAGUUGUAUGAGGAGCUCGACAUGCCUUCCGUCUACAAACAGUAUGAAGAGGAUAGCUAUCAGCGUCUGCAGUUACUGAUCUCACAGCAUGCAAAUGGAUUGUCCAAGGAAAUCUUCAAUGGUCUAGCUCGCAAGAUCUACAAAAGACAGAAAUAAAAUGCCAGGACUGU